GUGACUGCUUGUCAAACAAUCUGGAAAGCCAACAUCUGAUGAAAUUAGUGAAUAAGCAAUUCAACCAUGGCUUACACUCCGGGAAUUGGUGGUGACCCCAUCCAGCUGGCCCAGCGCAUCUCUUCCAACAUCCAGAAGAUCACACAGUGCUCUGUGGAAAUACAACGGACUCUGAAUCAACUUGGAACACCUCAAGAUUCACCUGAACUAAGGCAACAGCUGCAACAGAAGCAGCAGUACACUAACCAGCUUGCCAAAGAAACAGAUAAGUACAUUAAAGAGUUCGGAUCUUUGCCCACCACCCCCAGUGAACAGCGUCAAAGGAAAAUCCAGAAGGAUCGCUUAGUGGCUGAAUUCACAACAUCACUGACAAAUUUUCAAAAGGUUCAGAGGCAAGCAGCUGAGAGAGAGAAAGACUUUGUUGCUCGAGUUAGAGCCAGCUCCAGAGUAUCUGGUGGUUUCCCUGAGGAUGGUUCAAAGGAAAGGAAUUUUGUAUCCUGGGAAAGCCAAACUCAAUCUCAAGUGCAGGUGCAAGAUGAAGAAAUUACAGAGGAUGACCUCCGCCUUAUUCAUGAGAGAGAGUCUUCUAUUAAGCAACUUGAAGCUGAUAUUAUGGAUAUCAAUGAAAUAUUUAAAGAUUUGGGAAUGAUGAUUCAUGAACAAGGAGAUGUGAUAGAUAGCAUAGAAGCCAAUGUAGAAAAUGCAGAGGUACAUGUUCAGCAAGCAAACCAGCAGCUGUCCAGGGCGGCAGAGUAUCAGCGCAAAUCCAGAAAAACCCUGUGCAUCAUCAUUUUUAUCGUUGUCAUUGGAGUUGUGAUUAUUGGUCUCAUCAUAUUCGGAGUGAAAGGCUAACAUUAUAAACCACGCACCAUUGCACUACAUUGUCUAAGUCAAGUCGGAAGAGCCCUGUAAUCGUGUUUUUUAAUUUUUGUAAAGAUUCCCCUACUUUGUUAUUUUUAUUUGGGGGGAAGUUUCCUUUGGACUAAAUCUGAUAUUUUCUAAUACUGAAA